UGAAACGUCAACAAUAAAAUGAACGCUAAAAAUUUUCGAUGAGGUUAGGCGUUGUUAUCGGUCGUUUUACUUUUGUUAUUUUUUCGUAUUAUGUAGGUUUCCAUUACAAUGAGUUCUAUGACUAAAGAAAACGAAGAGCCAUCCUCUAGUACUGAGGUGGCAACUGGUAUGGAAACUAGUAACGGCAGGGAAGAAGCUCAAUCAGAACCUCUUCGGCCGCCCGCCAAGCGGAGACUGUCCGGCGCUGUGAUAGAAAUUUCGGAUACAGAUAGCGACGAUUCAGAUGUAUGUGCGGUUAAUUCAUACCAAGCCUCUGCAGAUGAAGUCAAGAGGAUUCGCGGCACGGAAUAUUCAUCACCCUCUUCAUCAUCGGACUACAGUUCAGACUCUGAGUCACCUUGGGAGGACGAUUCCAUAUUGUUGAAUGAUGAGAUAAAUAAACCUGCUGUUCGGGUACAGCUGAACCCACGAGCUAACAGAAUGGACGAACCAAAAUUUAAUCCUAGUUUAAAGUCACAAGACGUGAUUGACAAAUUAACCACACAUUGGCAAGAAAUGAAAGCAUUUAAAACAGAUGAGGUGACAUUGACAUGUGAUCCAUUCCGAGUGUGCCUGGUCCACGAGUUGCUUGCCAACCCAGACAUCAUCAACAACAUUGUGGACGACAUGAACACAUUGGACUGGUCCCGCAAGAAAAUGGACCUGUAUGAGUUCUAUCAAACUGCCGACCUGUCUAGUCUCACGUGGCAGAGAAGUAUUAGAGGUAUACAUGAAUUGUUGAAGACUGAAGUUAUGAGUUGGGUGUCGCAGGUGACGGGGCUGGAGCUGCGGUCGAUGUCGUCGUCGUGCUCGCUGUACGGGCCGGGCGAUCGUCUGCUGGUGCACGACGACCUACUGGCCGACCGCCGCGUCGCUUUCAUCCUCUACCUGGCGCCCUGGCGACCCCCGUCACCACCUCCCUCCGUUACAGACACAUCGGACGACCUGGUCGUUGACGGCGCGCAAGAUACUCCCGUUGUGAAAAAUCCCUCCGAUGUACCAAACUCCUCGGACACGCAAACCCCCUCGGACGUGCCCGUGGCGAAUGGCGCUGACGAUCACGUACACGAGGAUGUGCAGGAUGUGCAGGAUGUGCAGGGCGGCGGCUGGGCGCGGCGGCUGGGCGGCGCGCUGGAGCUGCUGGCGUGCGACGCGCGCGGGCGGCCGCGGCGCGUGGCCCGCCGCGUCUUCCCGCGCAACAACAUGCUCGCCUUCUUCCAAGUCGGGCCGCACUCCUUCCACCAGGUGGGCGAGGUGCUGUCGCUGGAGCUGCCGCGGCUGUCCAUCAAUGGCUGGUUCCACGGCCCACCGCCGCCCGGUUCGGAGCUCGAGCCAGCGCCGCCCGAGCCCGAGCCCGAGCCGGAGCCCGAGCGGUUCCACAACGACGUCGUGCUGCUGAACGAGUGGGUGGAAAGCACGUACAUGACGCCACGCAACCGCGCCCAGAUCCAGGCGCAGAUGGAGCGCGAGAGCGAGGUGUGCCUGCACGACUUUCUGCAGCCCAGCAAGUACGAGGAGGUGUUGCAGCACCUGCGCAGCGCGCCAGAGGAGGCGUGGGAGGCGGCGGGCGCGGCGCACGAGCGGCGGCACGAGCGCGCGGCGCGCGGCUGGCUGCGCGCGCUGCCGGCCGCGCACGCGCUGCGCCGCCUGCUGGCGCUGCUGUCCAGCGCCGCCUUCGCGCGCCUGCUGGCCGACUGCACCGACCUGCAGCUCGCGCGCCACGCCCGCCUCGAGCUGCAGCGCUGGCGCGCCGGCGACUACGCGCUGCUGCCGCCGCGCGCGCGCUACCAGCAGGCGCGGCUGGAGGCGGCGCUGUACGCGGGCGUGCCGGCGCGGCCGCCGGCAGGCGGCGCCACCACCUUCGUGGCGCCCGAGGAGCCCGACGAGCCGGCGGCCGACCAGCCCGGCGCCGCCGCCGCCGCCGCCGCCGCCGCCGCCGCUUCCGCGCUCGUCACGCUGCCGCCGCGCUCCAACGCGCUGGCGCUCGUGUACUGCGACGCCGGCGCCGCCAGCUUCGUGUCGUACCUCAGCAAGCUGGCCAUGCGGCCGCACGACACCUUCUACCUGCUCACCUGCACCUACACAGAGUGACCGCGCCCCGCGCCAGCCCCCCAGUGCUUGUACAAAAUGUAAAUUGCCUUCCCCGCGAGGACGGAGGACGGAGGACGGACUGCGAAGAUUGUGGGUGGAGAGUGUAUUGUUACAUGCUAUCGUGCCCGUACUUGUGUGUG